AUGAAAUGGCUAUAUUCUAUAUCGAUUUUUGGAAAUUUGUUGUAUAAUUGUUUUGUGUUGAAAUGUAUCUUCACAAGAACUACAAAACAUGUUGGAAUUGACGAAUUAUUGAUUGAUGUCUUUUGUAAGAGCGCAAAAGUUGUUCGGGCCGAGGCCUGGGCUUUGAAAAGGGGCUUUGGACUCGGCCCCUUUUUAAAAUCAGUAAACCAAUUUGUUUCCUAGCUUGCACUUCAAAAUGGUCAAAUUGGAACGCGGCAAUUUACACAACUCUCGAUUUUCUAGUCAUGUUCUCAUCGAUGUUUUAUAUCUGCAUUCUCAUAAGUGUUCGAAGUAUCACAAGACUUGCCUCAAGUCUAAUGAAAAAUCGUCCAGAGAAAGUGAUAAUUUAUCAGACUUUGGUUCUAUUGAUCGUGAAAUUAUUGUGUAUUCCAACAAUUUUCAUGAUUUUUCAAUAUUUGAAGAAAUUCGAAUUUGUUAGUUGGAAUGGCAUUUUGAAUAUGGUGAGUAUAUCUAUGAGGAUAAAACUUUACUAACAUUUUUUCCCAGAUCUAUUAUCCCCUAUUCUUCAUAGAUGUUCUAACAACACCCAUCGUAUUUCAAAUCACAUAUAUUUUUUGCAAUAAAACAAAUCUGGAAGCCUUGCUGAAAAUGAAUUUCAGAAAAUUGAAAACUUGGAGAGCAAUUUGCUGUGGAAUAAAUUCUAAUGAUGUGGAAGAUUAUCAUGAAUCAUAUAUUCUGAGCAAUACAACAUAA